AUGGCGGCGGCGGGCGGGGGCGACUGGGAGGACCUGGUGCGGCGCAUGUUCCCGCCGGGGACCACCAUCCCGGAGCCGCCCGCCAACCUCGACUACUCCAUCGCGCUCGAGUACGACGGCCCGCCGGUGUCCUACGAGCUCCCGCGGAUCGACCCCGUCAACAUCCCCGCCAUACCCACCGCCGAGCCGGUCUCCGGGCCCCUGGGGCUCGCCAACGGCGCCGUGCCGGUGGCGCCGGUCGUCGGGCCUGCCCGUGGCGCCAACCCGCCGGCGCCCCGGGUCGCUCAGCGUGCGCACCAGCCGCCGAUUCAGGCCAGGAGGAGCUCGGCGUCGGCUGAUUCGGCGGCGGCGCGGGAUGAGGAGUACUCCGACGACUCCGACUCCCGCUCGGCGAGGAGCUUGCGGGGGCACAGGGCUGCUGCGAGGCCUGCUGCGCCAGAGGGGAGGCGUGGGCAGGUGGUCACCUUUGGGGUGGCCGAGGACAGCAAGUACGAGAGCAAGGAGUUCGACGAGGUGUCCGAGCAGUACGUCGCGGUCACGAGGGCGGAGAGGAAGGGGAGGACCUGCCACCGGUGCGGGAAGAGCAAGUGGGAGAGCAAGGAGUCGUGCAUCGUCUGCGACGCCAGGUACUGCAGCCACUGCCUGCUCAGGGCCAUGGGGUCGAUGCCGGAAGGGCGCAAGUGCAUCACUUGCAUUGGCCAGCCGAUCGACGAGUCCAAGCGGUCCAAGCUGGGGAAGGGCUCGAGGAUACUGUCACGGUUGCUCAGCCCCUUGGAGGUGAAGCAAAUCCUGAAGGUUGAGAAGGAGUGCCAGGCGAACCAGCUCCGGCCUGAGCAGCUCAUAGUGAAUGGUUUCCCUCUCGACGAUGAAGAGAUGGCGGACUUGCUUAGAUGCCAACGGCCUCCUGGAAAUCUCAAGCCUGGAAGAUAUUGGUAUGACAAGGAGUCAGGAUUGUGGGGAAAGGAAGGUGAAAAGCCAGACAGGAUGAUUAGCACUAACCUGAACUUUAAUGGAAAGCUUCAGCCUGAUGCAAGUAAUGGCACCGCUCAGGUCUUUAUUAAUGGGCGGGAAAUCACAAAGAUUGAACUGAGAAUCCUAAAGAUUGCAAAGGUUCAGUGCCCCCGUGAUACUCACUUUUGGGUCUACCAUGAUGGCGGCUAUGAGGAAGAAGGGCAAAACAACAUCAAAGGGAAAAUAUGGGAAUCACCUUUGACACGUUUGGCAUGCGCUUUGGUUUCACUACCGGUGCCUCCUGUAAACUCUGAUGAGCCAAAAGAUGAUAAUCAUUAUUCAUCAAGAAGUGUCCCUAAUUACUUAGACCACAAAAGAGUUCAAAAGCUUCUUAUUCUCGGAUCACCACGAGCUGGAACAAGCACCAUAUUUAAACAGGCUAAGUUACUAUAUGGCUCUAGAUUUACUCAUGAAGAACUUGAGAGUAUCAAACUAAUGAUCCAAAGCAACAUGUUCAAGUACCUGGGGAUUCUGCUUGAGGGCCGUGAGCGCUUUGAGGAAGAGGCUUUGGCUAUAUCAGAUCACACAAGCUCAGAGGAUGAAGAUCCUCAUCAAGAUGAAAACAGACCUACUAGUUCAAAUUCUUGCAUUUACUCAAUCAAUGCAAAGCUGAAGAAGUUCUCUGAUUGGCUUCUGGACAUCAUAGCAAUGGGAGACCUAGAUGCAUUCUUCCCUGCAGCUACACGUGAAUACGCUCCAGUUGUUGAUGAGCUGUGGAAAGAUCCCGCCAUACAAGCAACGUAUAAAAGAAAGGAUGAAUUGCAUUUUCUCCCUGAUGCGGCUGAGUAUUUCCUGAGCAGGGCUAUUGAAGUAUCAAGUAAUGAAUAUGAGCCUUCAGAAAAAGAUGUAAUAUAUGCUGAAGGGGUAACACAAGGGAAUGGAUUGUCCUUUAUUGAUUUCACCCUGGAUGACCGCAGCCCUAUGUCAGAAUCCUUUGGCGACAAUCAUGAGGCAUACUCGCAACCAGUAAACAAAUACCAGCUGAUUAGAGUAAGCGCCAAGGGCAUGAAUGAGGGCUGCAAGUGGGUGGAAAUGUUUGAGGAUGUUCGCAUGGUGAUCUUCUCCAUAGCGCUCAGCGACUACGACCAGCUUGCAGCCCCUGGAAACAGUGGCAGUAGGUCCGUCGUGAAUAAGAUGAUUCAAAGCAGGGAUUUGUUUGAGGCAACAAUCAGGCAACCAUGCUUCCGCGACACGCCAUUCGUCCUGGUGCUGAACAAGUACGACCUGUUCGAGGAGAAGAUCGGGCGCUCGCCGCUGUCGGCGUGCGAGUGGUUCGGCGACUUCUGCCCGCUCCGGACGCACCACAACAACCAGUCGCUGGCGCAGCAGGCGUUCUACUACGUGGCCAUGAAGUUCAAGGACCUGUACGCGGCGAGCACCGGCCGCAAGCUCUUUGUGUGGCAGGCGCGCGCCCGCGACCGGCCCACCGUCGACGAGGCCUUCCGGUACAUCCGGGAGGUGCUCCGGUGGGAGGACGAGCGCGACGGCGCCGGGUACUGCCCGGAGGAGUCCUUCUACAGCACCACGGAGCUCAGCUCGUCCCGGCUCAUCGCUGCGGCAGAGUGACAGACAUAGCUGUGGUUCAUUUGCAGGAAAAUUUCGCUAGUAAUUGUAUAGUGUUUUUGUAGUUGACGAUUUGACUUGCGGCUUGUGAAAUGGGUGCUCUGUUCUUCGUAUAUCAUUGAUGUUGCAGUGCCAUUUUGUACUAGUAAUUUUCUGAACAAAUCAAAUAUAGUGGAGGAGAAAUCUUGUGUUGA